AUGACACCAAAACAUAGUUCACCAAAUCGAAUUUCAAAACAACCAGUAAAUAAUAAAUUAAUCAGACAAUCUUCAUCAGCUAGUACAAUACAACGACGAAAUCAAAAUAUGAUAUAUCAACGUCGUCAAAAUAUUGGAACAAAUAAUGAUUUACUUAAUCAACAUACACCAUCAAUAUUCUCUGUACCGCUUCUUACUGGUGUAAUGAAUGAUUUUUUUCAAGCAACAAAAAUUAUGGAAGAUGAAAUUAUGUUACCAUCCAGACUUAAAGAUAUGCCCGUUGAGGAAGGUGUUCUUGAUAAUUCAGUUCAACCAAAUAAUUGGCAUGAAUUGUAUACAUUUGUUCGUGAUAUAAGAAAUCAAUUAACACGAUCACGUCCAUUUAUUGAUAAUGAUAGUAAUUCAACUAAACAACAAAUCAAAGAUUCAAAUGAUGAUGAAGAAAUAUCAAUUGCUAGUUAUGAUACAACACAACAUUCAUCAACAUCAUCAUCAUCAUCAAAUGUAUCACUUGAUGAAUUUGAACAGAGUACAACAUCAACUACAGCAUCAUUUGAUACAAUUAAAGAUGAACUUCAAUGUCAUCUUUUUGGACUAUUAGGAUCGCUCGAUAACUUAAAAAUAUUAGCUGAUAGAGUAACUGAGAGAUAUCAAGAAGACUCUACGUUUAUAAAUUAA